UGUUAUCAUCAUGAUUAUAAUUAUUGUUGUUGUUUAGGACGACAUCUUGAUGACACGAGGGUGGCAUACAUUGGCAAUGAUUUCAGGAGAAAGUUGAAAUGGCAAACAGUUCAUGCAGGCAUUCCAAGUGGGAGAUUUGGGCACACAUGUGUGGAAAUGGGUGACUUUCUUGUACUCUUUGGAGGAAUCAAUGACCGUGGCAACCGUCAAAACGACACAUGGUUGGGGCAAGUUGUGUUGAAUGAAAACAAAGGCAUAGGAUUUUCAUGGAAAAUGCUUGAAGUGGGAAAUGUUGCACCACCUCCAAGAGGAGCACAUGGUGCAUGUUCCAUUGAUGAAAAGAGAAUGGUAAUCCAUGGGGGCAUUGGGCUUAAUGGCCUCCGUUUGGGGGACACAUGGGUGUUGGAGCUGUCAGAUAGUCCCUGCCAUGGCACUUGGCAUGAGAUUGUGUCAUACCCUUCACCUCCACCACGCUCAGGACACACCUUGACAUGCAUUGGCAUAAGCAGAACAAUACUAUUUGGAGGCAGAGGCUUGGGUUAUGAGGUGCUUGAUGAUGUUUGGUUAUUGGAUACAUAUCAAGGUUAUUUCAAAUGGGUUCAGAUAGUUUAUGAUUUGCAAAGCAUAACAGAUGGUGUUUCUCUCCCUAGAGUUGGUCACACAGCAACAUUUGUUUUGGGGGGAAGGUUGCUAAUUUAUGGAGGAGAAGAUUCAUAUAGACACAGAAAAGAUGAUUUUUGGGUGUUGGAUAUCAGUGCAAUUCCUUACCCUAACAUCACUCUGCAGCAUCCAACCACAGUGAGCUCCAAGAAAGAGUCAAUGACAAGAAGAAUGUGGAAAAGGUGGAAAUCAAGUGGUUUUGAGGCAAAAGCAAGAUCAUUCCACCGUGCUUGUGCAGACAGAUCAGGGCGUUAUCUGUAUGUAUUUGGUGGAAUGGUGGAUGGUUUUCUUCAGCCUGGUGAGCCUUCUGCAUUAAGGUUUGAUGCUGAGCUUUUUCUUGUGGAGCUUGUGCUGCAGCUCUAGUACUAGUUAUAGUCAAUGCCUCCUCUUUCUUGAGACCAAGACCAUUCUGUAAUGUGCACUGUCUUCCAACUGCAUAGCUUAUCAUGUCACAGUCACUGUAGUGUCU